AUCGUCUACAUGGGUGCAAGGCGGCACGAGGAUCCUGAUUUGGUCACGGCCUCACAUCAUCGCAUUCUUGAAUUGGUUUUCGGAAGCAAAGACGCUGCUCGCAAGUCUAUGAUCUAUAGUUACAGACAUGGUUUUUCGGGUUUCGCUGCAACGCUCAACUCUUCUCAAGUGAAGAUCCUUUCGGAGCAUCCCGAGGUCGCUCACGUUGCACCGAACCGGAUUCUGCAGUUGAAGACGACGAGAAGUUUCGAAUACAUGGGGCUUUUACCGAGUGCUCCUAAAGGCCUUCUCCAGGACACAAACAUGGGAAGUGAAGCUAUCAUCGGAGUUCUUGAUUCAGGAAUAUGGCCGGAGUCUGAGUCUUUUAACGACAAAGACGUCGGGCCAAUCCCGAAACGUUGGAAAGGAGAAUGCGUAGCGGGGCAAGGAUUCGACCCAGAGAAACUAUGCAACAGAAAGCUCAUAGGGGCAAGGUACUACACCGAAGCUAUCCUUAGACAGAACAAUGGAACGUUCAACUAUGCACAGAACAAGGAGUACGCAUCCGCAAGAGACGGUUUGGCCCACGGGACCCACGUGGCCGCGACGGCUGCGGGCUCUUUUGUUCCCGGGGCGAGCUGGAAAGGACUUGCGGGCGGAACAGCGAGAGGAGGGGCCCCGAGAUCGCGAGUAGCGGCCUACAAGGUGUGCUGGAACAGACAAGGGUGUCCAGGGUCAGAUAUGAUCAAGGCUAUAGACGACGCCAUACGAGAUGGCGUCGAUGUUAUAUCGAUUUCCAUCGGGAAUGCCAUCCCGAACGACUUCGAAGUUGAUCAAAAUGAUAUCGGGAUCGCCUCAUUCCAUGCGGUGAUGAAGGGGAUUCCCGUCGUUUGUGCGGCAGGGAACGAAGGACCUGACCCUCAAACCGUCGACAAUGUCGCUCCCUGGAUCAUAACCGUCGCUGCUUCGUCGAUGGACCGAUCUUUCCCGGUUUCAGUCACGCUCGGAAACAAUCUAACCAUAACGGCUCGAGGGGUGUACACAGGAAAGGAAGUCGGAUUCGUCGAUCUCGUUUUCGGAGGCGAACUUCAGGGAUCGGAUAUCCGAGGAGGUUCCGUUAAGGGUAAAGUCGUGCUGUUCUUCACGGCGACCGAGAGGGCUAGAGAGAGGAUGAGGCUGUUAAUGAUGAGCACUGGCGCCUGUGCCGGCAUUAUCAUGGCCGAAAGCGUAGUUGAUCCUACGCCUUGUAGGGAUAUGCCGUGCGUCGGUGUGGAUUAUGAACUCGGGACAGAUAUUCUGUAUUACAUCCAGACGACAGCAAAUCCAAAAGUCAAAAUAAGCGCUUCGAAAACCGUCGUUGGCCGACCUAUUGCGACUAAGAUCCCGCAAUUCUCGUGUCGAGGGCCUAAUUCAUUAUCUCCGGCUAUUCUCAAGCCUGAUAUAGCGGCGCCUGGUGUGAACAUUCUGGCAGCGUCGACCGGUUCGAAUCCUCGAACUUUCGACCUCAUGACAGGAACAUCGAUGUCGACUCCUGCCGUGUCGGGAAUCGUUGCACUUCUCAAAGUAAAACACCCUGAUUGGUCUCCUGCUGCAAUCAGAUCCGCUCUUGUCACAACAGCCUGGAGAACCGAUCCCUUCGGAGAGACAAUCAUGACGGAAGGAGCGUCCCCAAAACCCGCAGGCCCGUUCGAUUUCGGAGGAGGAAUCAUGAACCCAGAGAGAGCAGCGUACCCAGGACUUGUCUACGACAUGGGCUACGAAGACUACGUCCACUACUUGUGUUCUGCAGGGUACGACGACAAAGCCAUCUCCGGACUUCUUGGAAAAGCUCACACUUGUCCGAAUCCAAAGCCAUCAAUGCUCGAUGUGAAUCUACCUUCGAUCACAGUUCCUGAUCUCAGGGAAGAUGUCGUAAUCACAAGAACCGUCACAAACGUGGGCCCCGCAGAUUCCGUAUACAAGGCAGUGAUCGAAUCUCCUUCUGGGAUCAAUCUUGAGGUGAACCCACAAUCAUUGGUGUUCAAUUCCGCGACCAAGAAGGUUACGUUCAAGGUUAAGGUUUCGAGCACUCACAAAGUGAACACUGAGUUCUACUUCGGAAGCUUGACUUGGACCGAUGGAACUACCAAUGUUACUAUUCCGUUAUCUGUCAGGACAAAGAUUUGGAAGUAUUCUGUCUGA